GGUCACCAGCCUCCAAACAAACGCAGCCAUCACCAACGCAACAACUAAGGCUGGAGGAUUCUGACCACCCUCUUUCAAUCCAACAUGUUCACGUCUUCAUCCAGCUCUACUUUUACCUUUGCAGACACGUCUUCAUCUGGACGCUCGCCAGAAGCCGAUGGCACCAUGAUGGAUGUUCCACUCCUGACUCAUGACUGUGAUUACAGGGAUUGGGUUCGCAUGGUGAAAUACAACUUGAGGUUGAGGGGUACGAUUGAACUUAUCGAGAAGGAUGAGGGACACGGAGUUGGAGGGACAAAAAGGGAAAAGGUGACCUGGGAAUCAGUGGCUAAGAAAGAGAAGAUGUAUCUUUUGGGCUGCUGUCUCAGUGCCAAAGUCCGAAAAAACGUUCUUCUCUUUCCGUUGACGACAACUGUCAGGCAAAUCUGGCAUGCAAUUCGAAAAGAAAUUCUGGGCCUGACCCAUGAAGAGCAGUAUGCUCUGCUCUUCACCUUCUUGAUGCAGAGUUCCAUACCAUAUCCAUCAGCGGACGAGUUUCUCGAAGCCAUUGACGACAGAUGGGAACACCUCGCCAGACACUUCCCCUUUCCCUUGUCCAUUACAUUGAGGCUCGCUACCGCACUCCUGGGCAUCAAAAACCAUGACGAGACCCUAUAUACUGGUUUCUGGAAGAGUCUCGAUGGAAUUGAGCCAUCAUACCAACUUCUCAAAGAUUACGUUGAAAGAGAAUCAGAAGCCGAUUUCAGUGUAUUCGAAACCACGGAAAACCCAAAAGAUGUCAAAUCCAUGUCGAAAAUUCUCUGCAAAAAAUGCAAAAAUAAGGCCCGGUGAUCGUCGACAAUAAUACUCCCGACAGUUUGUCGCUUUCACCUAACCGACGUGGGACCAUCGGAAAAGAAACGAGAUGUUGAAUACCUUGUCAUUGGUGACGGCCGAGAUGGAAUGAUGGUCCUGUAUUAUUUACCUUUUUUGACUACAUGUCUCGUCUACCGAAUCAAUGUUGUACUUACGUUUCACCUGGGCUUAGCAUUCAACGUGACUGAGUCUCAGCAGUUACUGUCUAUUCAACAUAGUCAAUAAAUCCUUUCUCAGUACUCUUCAAUGUGAAUUGAUCUUUGCGAUGAACAAGUA